AUGGCGCAGGCUCCGAAUGCUCGUUGGUUCAUCAAUCGUUUUAAGCAGUCACUGGAUCCCCCUCAGACCUACGAGAAUUCCCUAUAUGGCCCUUUGAAUGUGAUUUUCAUGGAUAUUUUCCCUCCUUCUCGGGAAUUUCUAGUGUCACCGCAGGCACUACUGCAGGAAGUGGUAGGUCCAACACCCAUGAACGUUGUAGCGCAAUUGCCGCCCUCUGCCAGUCAUCAUCAAUCAGCACACCACGCUGUUCCCGUCUCGUCAGCUCCUGCAGCUAGCUCGGCUGCCCCAGAGCCAUCAUAUGACGACCUGGAUCUGCCGCAAGGUGAAGUUCUGUUGAAGAAUUGGAUCCCGGACUUCGUGAUUUCGAAAGGCAGUGAAGCCAUGGGUAUGACAUUCGACCUCACUCUCACCUUGAUCGAGGUGAAACGCCAUGAUAAACAGCGGGAAACAUACGUGCAGCAGGUUUUGAGUUACCUGAAUGCUCUGCAGAUCGGAGAGUGUAGCGACAGGUUUAUCGCCUACUUGAUAAUGAGUACAGACACUCUUGUCUGGCAGAGUGAAGCACGAGGUGCCAACCAGACGCAUGUCCAAGAAUCUGCCACUAUUGCAACUGGAGGGGAGGCAUUCUUAUACCGUCUCAAAGCUCUCCAUUGA